UCAAAAGACUGCCGUAAUAUUCUUUAAAAAGUGUUAUUACGCCCCACCUGAAAAUCUAACCUAUAAAACAUCCUCAUACUUACGUGAUGACAGUUUCUCACGCACAAGACCACCAAUUACUGAGGCUUCCAGGCCUACAACAAAUAUACCAGGUCUACCACCUUCAAGCUUACCAACUUUAGAUUUACCAUCUUCAGAUCAAUCUUCAAAUUUACAAGUACCUCCUAAAUUAACUUCAAUACCCGAAGAAAGUGAAACAGCAGAGGUGCCUUCUGAAGUUGGUGAAGGCUCUAGAAUUGAUGCUGGUAAUAUUCGUGUUACCGUUGAUGUCAGAACCGAGGUUUUUGAAAGAGAUACUCAACAAGAUUAUGAGAUC